GUUGUCUUACCCCUUUUUCUUUGUUUAUCUCCGUCAAGCGCAUCUUCAACCGUGGCGGGCGAGGAGCAAAUGCAACCCUAACCCUCACCAGGUGUCAGAUGUGCACGAGCCACCUCCAAUCCACUGACGAGACCGAAGAUCGCUGGAGCAGUCUCGGCCUUCUGGAAAUUUCACCAUUUCACAAAGGCGACUUGCAAAAUCUCAAAACUUUACAACCUCCCACCUACCCUUGCAAAUAUUCUUCAUCGGAAUAUCGCCGAUUGUUCCUUUGGACUUAAACAACCAUUCCACUCAUUUUACAGCCGUUGCCCAUCAUGCCCACCACCACGGAUACCGUACCCGUCGGUGACUUCGAGCAGCAAACUCAUAAGUUCCUCGAAUGGUUCACCAGCCAGCCCGGCGCCACCUUUCACAAGGACAUCAAGCUCGUUGAUCUGAGAGACAAGAGUGCCGGCCGUGGCAUCAUCGCAACCGCCCCCAUCCCCGCCGACACAACCCUCUUCACCAUCCCGCGCCCCUCCAUCCUCUGCGCCGCCACCUCCCCCCUCGCCAGCAAGCUGCCCUUCCUCUUCAAGGGACCCGCCGAACCCACUGUCGCCGAGGAAACCGAGAACCACACCGCCGACGAUGACGACGUCCCCGCAGCCGAAGAGGACCAGGAGGAAGACCCCAACUCUCAGGACUCCUGGACCCUCCUCAUCUUGAUCCUCAUCCAUGAGUACCUCCAGGGUUCCGCAUCGGCCUGGUUUCCGUAUUUGUCGGUUUUGCCGCAAAAGUUCGACACCCCCAUGUUUUGGACUGGCGAAGAGUUGGGCGAGUUGCAGGCCAGCGCGCUGGUGCCGAAGGUCGGGAAGGAGGAGGCGGAUGAGAUGAUCCGGACGAAGAUUGUCAAGGUUGUGAAGGAGAACGAAGCCGCUUUCUACCCUGCUGAUUCCCCGGCGGCCGAGAAGAAGAAGUUGUCUGAGGAGGAACUCCUGGCUCUGGGGCAUAGGAUGGGAUCAGCGAUCAUGGCCUACGCUUUUGAUCUCGCCAAGGAAGAUGAUGAGGAUGAAGAGGAAGAGGAUGGUUGGGUAGAGGAUAAGGUUGCUGCGCAGAAUGAUACCAUGGGCAUGGUCCCCAUGGCCGAUAUGCUCAAUGCCGACGCAGUCUUUAACGCGCACAUUAAUCACGGCGAGGCGUGUCUGACUGCUACUUCGCUAAGGGAAAUUAAGGAAGGGGAGGAGAUUUUGAAUUACUAUGGCCCGUUGAGUAGUGCGGAGUUGUUGAGACGGUAUGGGUAUGUCACGAAGAACCAUGCUAGGUACGAUGUGGUGGAGUUGGGGUGGGAGUUGGUGGAAGGAGGACUGAAAGAAAUGGUGGAAGGGGUGAAGGGACGGAAGAAGGAGGUGGAUUGGAGUAAGGUUGAUGAGCUCCUUGAGGAAGAAAAAGAGGAAGGAGAGUGGGAGGAUAGUUUUGUUUUGGAACGCCAAAGCGAGGAUCCUGAUUCUGAGGGGCAAGUGCACGGUGAAGCGGAGUUUUUGGGGCUGCCGGAGGAGCUGGAGGAGCAGGUGAAGGUGUACCUGAAGGUUGUGAAGAAGGUGGUCGGGACGGGGGAUAGGGCGGUGGCGGAGGCGUUGGGGAAUAAGGUUGUGAAGAAGGAGAUCUUGUUGGGUGGCGUGAGGAAAGCGUUGGAGGAGAGGGAAGGGCAGUAUGCUACGAGUCUGGAGGAGGAUGAGAAGGUGUUGCAGGGGAUUGAGGGCGGGAGACCGACGACGAGGAAGGAGAUGGCUGUGUGGGUUAGGGCGGGCGAGAAGAGGAUCAUUAGGGAGGCGGUGGCGUGGGUUCAGAGGGAGGAGGAGGAGUUGAAGCAGGCGAAGGGUGGGGAAGAGAAGGAUGAGCCUGCGGCUAAGAAGAGGAAGGCUUAGAGGAAAGUUUAGUUGGUAUUGCUGGAACUAUCUACGGGUAUGUCAGUCGUCCAUGAUCUUUCCACCACGUUCUCCAGCCAGAUUCUUCCACCUCAUUCCCUAGUCUGGUUCUUCCACAACCAGCCUUAGUCGGCAAACUUCCAUCACUCGCGUCCCUGUCAACAAGUUAGAAAAAAACGACACUACAUCUGCGAUCAGGAAUAAUUUACCUCUUAUCUCCCAUCAUUCCUUGCCAGGCCGGGCCACACCUGGACCCCUUCCUCUCAUUCUUCAAGCAGUGGGAGCACUAGGGGCACUGGUAGCACUGGUAGCACUG